AUGACCAAGAUGGAGCAGUACGCCCUCUCACCAAAGGAGCGGCCGCUGCACUCGCUCGCCUAUGGCGUGCACUACACGAUGGGCACGCAGCCGCUCUGCGACGUGCUCCGCGUCGCCAGCGGCGUGCGUCCCGUCUUCUCGGUUGAGGAGCGGCUCAGGGCGGCCGUUGGGCUCGCCACCGGAGAUCGGGGCGACAGCGACGGGGAGAAGGGCGUCGAGUCGCGGGGAGCAGCAACCCUCAGCAGACGGCUCCACUGA